AUGGGAAACCGAGACACGAAGAUCAACGGGGAUGGGACAACUUCACGAGAGAGACUCCAGGAGGGGACCAACAAAGCCAGCUCCCUAUUUUCACGGCUGAGACGAAGCACCGCCGCUGAAGCUUAUGAGGAAACAAAUCCUGGACCGUCUGAAAUCGGUCAGCAUCUUCGCACCGGAAAAUUCCCUUGGAAGUCCACAGGACUCCGCUUCUCGGAAACCAACAUUCGGCGUUUCUACGACUUGAAACUUCGCCUUCUUGGACGAGGUACUUUUGGGAUCGUCGUUACCGGCCGGCACCGAUUGUCGGGAAUAGAUUUUGCUGUUAAAAUCGUACAAAAGACAACGGUCAAGAAUGUGGAUACGAAAACAAUGUUUUAUCGGGAAAUUGAUUGUCUACGGUCACUACACCAUCGGAACAUUCUUCGGUACUACGACUUUUUCGAGGAUGAUUCCUUCUGUUACGCAAUACUCGAGUUGUGCAGUGGAGGCGAUCUGCUAAAGAGACUGAAGAAGAUGGCUGUCGUUACCGAGGAGCACGUCGUCAACUAUGUGAGGCAAAUGCUGGAAGCUAUUCAUCAUUGUCACGAGCGAGGGAUCAUGCACAGGGAUCUGAAGGCCGACAAUUUCUUGUUCCUGACGAACGACGAUGAUUCACCCUUAGUCUUGAUCGAUUUUGGGCUAGCUUUGCAAUUCGAACCCGGGACAAAAUAUACCAUUAUCUGCGGCAGUCCGAGGUAUAUCGCGCCGGAAGUCUUUGAGCAAGCAUACGACGAGAAAUGUGACCUUUGGAGCUUGGGGAUUGUGGUCUACGCCAUGCUUUAUGGUACCCAUCCAUUUGGGGUUCACUCGAAGUCAACAUUCCAUGAAAUCCGACAAGAAGUUUCUGCGGGAACAGUCCCAUAUCCAAACAAUCCAGGACUCCAGCCUCCGUCGCUUUUGGCGCAGAGCUUUCUUCAAGAUCUCCUGCAACACAAUCCUGCGAAGAGACCAAAUGCUCUUGAAGCGAUGCAACAUCCUUGGUUACUUGCCCCCGCGGCCUACCUCGCCGACUACCAGAUACAUCCAGAAAUACGAUAUUUGGCUUACAAGAGAGCCGCUGAGGGAAGGCUUGCUCCAAUGGACGAUGGCGUUCGCAGGCAGCUCGCAGAGCUCCAGCGCAUGACGGUUACUGCCUCCAGGAAAGGACACUCACGGUAUUCCAACUGA